AUGCUCUCCGCCUUCACAGCCCGUCCCAUCAUCGAGCUGCGCCAGCGGGACAGGUCCAAGAUCGAGACGAUCCUCGCGUACGGUGACCGUGUUCUCGUCGGCCUUAACAGCGGCGCCCUCCGUGUCUACCGCCUCAACGAGCUCCCCGACCAACCUACCAACGGUUCCGCCGAUAAAAAUGCUGCCCCGGCUUCUCCCACGAACGGUGACGUUGCCCCUCUGAAGGUGCCCGCGGUGCCCGUGAAGCCCACCGAUCUACUGCGUGAGGUAGAACGCUUCUCGACGCGCUCCAUUGAGCAGCUAGCCAUAAUCAAGGAGGCAAACACGAUCGUGUCGCUCUCAAACUAUCACGUUUCGUUGUACGAUCUGCAGACUUACGAGCUUGUCGAGACGCUGAGCCGGACCAAGAACGCGUCGUGUUUUGCGGUGACAUCGAAUAUCGUCAAGGAUCCGGACACGGGCAUUCCCGAGAUUAUCAGCAGAUUGGCGGUUGCGGUCAAGAGAAAGCUAUUGCUAUGGAGCUGGCACGAGAGCGAGCUGUCGGAUGAUGUUGGGGAGGUCAUCUUGGCUGAAUCGAUCCGGUCUGUGACAUGGGCGAGCGCAACGAAACUGGUGUGCGGCAUGAACGGUGGAUAUGUCAUGGUCAAUGUCGUGACUCGCGAAGUGGAGGAGAUUGUGAGCCCCGGGGCAGGCCCUGCAGCUGGACAGACGAGCCGCUUCGGUGCCAUGAGUACUGCUGGAAUGGGAUAUAUGGGCUUGGGAGGAUACAUGCCCAAGCCGUUGGCGGCCAAGCUGGCAGAAGGGGAGAUGCUGCUGGCCAAGGACAUCAACACAUUGUUCAUUGAUGAUGACGGGAAGCCUUUGGAGAGAAGACAGAUUCCUUGGCAGUCAGCUCCUGAGUCGAUAGGGUACUCGUACCCCUAUAUCCUCGCAUUACAAGCUCCGUCAAAGGGCUCACUCGAAGUCCGGAACCCGUCUACUCUUUCACUUAUGCAAAAUUUGGCUCUUCCAGGAGCGGCACAGCUUCACUUCCCUCCGCCUACAGUGAGCUUGGCCCAUGCCGGCAAGGGCUUUCACAUCUCGAGCGAGCGGUGCGUGUGGAAGAUGGACGCGACAGACUAUGAUUCCCAAAUCCAGGAGCUGGUGGAUGGUGGCAAGUUUGAUGAGGCUAUUAGCAUUCUCGAGAUGCUUGAGGAUGCUCUAUUGAAGGACAAGACCCAGACGCUUCGGGAAGUCAAGAUGCUCAAGGCCGAGAUGCUGUUCAAGAAGAAGAGAUAUCGGCAGUCUAUGGAUCUCUUCAAUGAGGACACCGUGCACGCGCCCCCUGAGCGAGUGCUCAAGAUGUACCCUCCUCAAAUUGCAGGAGAACUAUCGGCAUGGGCAGGCCGUGAGGAGGAAGAAAGGGAGGAAGAAGCCCCUGGAUCUCCGAAGAAGACCAAUGGGACACGGCCAAGCACUCCAGAGUCUGCUGAGCCACCUCACGAAUCACCGUCCCCUGUAGCCAAAGGUGGCUUCGCUCGUUAUCUUACCGGCAGCUACAGGAAACCUCAAUCCGACACGGCGUCCAUUAUCUCAAAGAGGGAAACGCCUGAUGCCGAUGACACCGCGAGCGUCAAAGAGACGGAGUCAAAUGAGGAUAAGCCGCUGAAGGACAAGGAUUUGAUGAAUGCUGUUCUGGAACUGAACAGCUACCUUGCAGGGACUCGUGCUCGACUUCAGAGAGUCAUUGACCCCAUUACUGGAAACCUGAAGCCCCGAAGCGAACGAAAUGGCUCGUCAGAAGAUGUGGCAGAGAAGUUCCUGAGGAUGGGACUCGAUGAGUCCGAAAAGAAGAUGGAAGAGGAGUUACGGAAUACUUUUCGAUUGGUUGACACGACUCUGUUCCGUGCCUAUAUGUUCUCUCGACCAACUCUGGCAGGCUCACUGUUCCGAAUUCCCAACUUCUGCGAUCCUAACGUGGUCAACGAGAAACUUUUGGAACACAACCGCUAUACAGAGCUGGUGGAUUUCUUCUACGGCAAAAAGCUACAUAAGGAGGCAUUGGAGUUGCUGCGCAGAUUCGGCUCUGCUGAAGAGCCAGAUGAGGCCGCACCAACUCUUCAUGGACCAGAGCGUACCAUUCAGUAUCUCAAGAACCUACCCCCGUCUGAAAUCGACCUGAUUUUGGAACAUGCUGAGUGGACGCUCAAGGCCAGUCCUGAUGAGGCGUUAGAGAUCUUCAUCGGCGACACAGAGAAUGCAGAGACACUACCACGGGAGAAGGUCGUGGCGUUCCUACAUGACGUGGACAUGCAACUGGAGGGUCGAUAUCUGGAGCACAUCAUCAAUGAGUUGGAGGAUAUGACGCCAGACCUUCACAACCGCCUGGUAGAGCUUUAUGUCAAGAACUUGAAGCAGAUGCAGAGGGGUGACGAAUGGGAUGCUUUGCUCGACCGGUUCAUUACCUUUUUGAGGGAAUCGAAGCAGGUUUACAGCCUAAGCAAAGCUUUUGGGCUGAUUCCAAGAGAUGACCCAGCAUUCUACGAGGCGCAGGCUGUAGUGCUGAGCAACAUGGGCCAGCACAAGCAGGCCCUUGAGAUUUAUGUUUUCAAGAUGAAGGAUUACCAGAAAGCCGAAGACUACUGUAAUCGAGUCAACUUGACUCAGGAUACUACUCCAUCGUCCCAGCCGAAUGCAAGGGAUGACGCAGGAGAGGAUCCAGAAAACACAACACCAUCCAUUUACCACACGUUGUUGUCACUCUACCUGCAGCCAUCGCCGCCAAACAAGCCCAACCUUGAACCAGCACUGGACCUCCUUUCCAAGCAUGGAUCUCGUCUCCCAGCAAAGUCAACACUGGGACUCAUCCCUGACGACCUCCCUGUACGAUCACUUGAAUCCUACUUUCGAGGCCGCAUCCGUUCAGCCAACAGCCUCGUGAACGAAGCAAGGAUCGUGGCGGGACUGCGCCAAGCUGAGGGAAUCUCCAUCGCAGCGCGACUGCACCUGGGUGACGACGUUCAGGGCGGCCAGGGCGGACGCAACAGGCACGUAUCAAUAACAGAUGAGCGGCACUGCUUCGUCUGCCACAAGAAGCUCGGGGGCGGCAUGCGCAUCGGCGGAAGCGUGGUGGCGGUAUUGCCGGACAACACCGUGGUACACUAUGGAUGCCUGAACCAGGCAACGGGGAACAAGGUCGAUAGAUCGCGGGCGCCAAGCUGGGGAAGGGGAUUCUAG